AAUACUCCAACAAAUCAACAACCGAUAGUGGUUCUUCAUAACAUAAGAUAUGACGAUCUAAAGGCCAUUAUAUCGUACAUUUACUAUGGUCAAUGCUUGGUAACAAGUGCCCAAAUACCCAGGCUGUUAUCAGUAGCGGAAUUCCUCAAAAUACAAGGAUUAAGUGAUCUAAAGGUGGCAUUCGAAGGUAACAAUAAUUUCAAAAGCAGUAGCGACAAUCCUAUAGAAGGCUGUGAUCUAACGAAAUGUAAAAAUAAUAAGGUUUAUCCAGAAUGGACAGAAGGAGAAGAUGAUAGUAGAGAUAUUGUAAAACCUGAAACAAUUUCACCCACUGUACAUCCAGGAAUUGACGAACCUUUGAAGAAAGAUAUUACAGCUGAUUUUAAACAGAACGUGUCUUUCAAACCGGAAAUGAAACCAACAUGUACCAUCAAUCAGCCACAAAAAAAAUUAACAAAGGAAUUGAUUUACAAGUGUGAUUUCUGUGGGAAAAUUUUAAGCAAUCAGUACAACUUAAAAGUUCAUCUUGAAACUCAUCAGGAAGGAUAUCAUGCUUGUCAUUCGUGUUCCCAUGUAUCCCGUAGCCGAGAUGCUCUAAGAAAACACGUUUCUUAUAGACAUCCUCAGAAUUUUGCAAUUAAAAAGAAAAGGAAAAUGGAAAAUUAAACACAUCCUAGCCCAUAACAAAAUACUCAUAAAAGUGGCAUAGGACUUUUUUCUUUGGAAUUAUGUACUUAAUACAAAAAACUAUUCAAACAAAAUUCGUUCAGAACAGUUGCUAGAAUUUCCUAAAUAUAUUUGUAAAAUCAAUUUAAUUUAUUUUGUUUGUUGAGAAAAUUGGUAUAGUACUUAUUUAUUAAUUGUUUUAAUAACACUGUUAAUGCAGUUAUUACGAUACGUUGUUUUUUAUUGAUAACAAAUAUGUAGUUUAUGUAUAUAGAAAUAUUGUACGUAUUGUUUUAAAAAUAUUUCUAUGUCACUGUGGUCUAGAAUUUUAACAAUAUUUAAAGAUUGUGAUGAAAAUGAGUACAAAUGCUUCUCAUUUAUUUUUAAUGCUAAAGGGAAGUUUAAACAUAUUAUACAUGUAGUCAUUAUUAUUUCAGGUUAAAUAGUUCCUUUGAAGUUGAAUAUUUACUAUUUAUUUCUUAAUUGUUUAUAACAAAAGUUACUAUAUUCGUAGUUUUCAGUAUUCUUCGUUGAAGUAUUGUUUUGCU